AUGUCGUCAAGAAAGACUAACGUUGAUAAAGAAGUAAAUAGUAUUCUGUCUAAGAGCAGUACAGCGGCCGAGAGGCGUUUACAAGGGCUAAAGAUAGCAAUAUUAUACUCCAGUAUUGAAGAAUAUGAUGUAGCGAAACAGUAUGUUGAAGAUUUCCUCAAAGAGAAGCCAACAGAUCCACAAGGCCAUAAAUUAUUGGGAGAUAUCCAUGAAGCCCUUGGAGAUGAAAAAUCCGCUUUGGUGUGCUACAAAAAUAUUGGAAAAUAUGCUGAAACCCUAAAGUACUGGCUUGAGAAGUGUGAAAAUGUUUUUCCAAAAAGUUGCACUACUAUACGACUGAAGGCUCACGAACUUGCUGUUGCAAGAAUGAAUGCAGAUCAUGGAAGGCAGUCAGUUCACCAGUCAGAAUUGGAACUUCACAUUCAGCUCAUAAGAUAUUACAUGAACACUAACCAAUGGAAAACAGUCUAUGAUGUAGUUUUAAGAUUAAACAAGGAGGCCAAGUUUGAAGAUGCUAUUAUUUGGUUUGAUCUGAUGCAGCAUGUGAUUAUGGAUAUUGAUGAAAAAACCCCUGAGAUAAAGCAAAACCAUGAAUAUAACAUACUAAAAUUGUACAUCUUAAGAAACUAUGCUUACUUAUGCAUGGGUGAAGCAGAUUUGAAGAAAUGUGUCAAAGCACUAAAAAGAUUUGACAAAUAUUUGAAGGAGGCCAUUAGUCUAAAUUUCAAUGACUAUAUUUGGCUCGCCAUUUUACAAGAAUCAAGGUCUCAGUUAUUCUAUCUAGCGGGUGUUAUAAUAUUUAAAAAAACCCAAUUGGGUCUUCUUCCACUGGAGGAUGCUCAAAAGUUUUCAGGCGCUUGUUUCUUGGCAAGUCUAAGUUUUGAUCCCAUAUCACAUACAAGUACAUGGAUCAAAGAAGUGAAGUUUUACAAGUGGUGGUGGAUGCAAAGUUAUGACCGUUAUUCACAAGUUGGACACUUGCUGCACACGCUGGCAAAUGGAAAUAUUUUAGAAUUGAAUCAAAGUAUCAAAAGCCAAAUAAUGACAAUUCAGGGCCACAAACAAAUUUGCCAAAUCCUGUUUGAAGACAGCUACAAUGAUAACCUCAUUGCUUCAUCUUUUUUUUGCAAUGCUAGAGAAAUGGUUGGAAGCUUUAGAAAAUUAAAGCCUGUUACUUUAGAGAAUCUAAGAGAAGUUGAUGAAGUUGCUUUUAAAGUACACCUAAAAAACCUUUCAAGCCUUGUGUGGCUGUGUCUUCAAUACUACACAGCUGACAUGAAUGUUCAACCAAACUACUCAUUUUUAAAGAUUAAAAAUUUUCCUUUUGACAUUCAAGACCUGCCAACAUGUAUGGUGGAUAAAAUAUGUCAAGUUGAUAUUUUGGUUUUCUUGAUGGCAACAGUUCAGUGCACAGCUAGUAGAAUCAAAUGUACAGACCGACCUAAUCAAGAAACAGGAGUUGCACAGAGUUUUCUUUUUCCAGUUUGUCUAAAACAAAAAUUGUGUACAGAGGACCAGGCUCUGUGGUGGUCAACAGCUUAUGAAUUCAUCACUAACUCAUCCAAAUCAAGUGUAAAGCAAACCAGCUUAAGAAGCUUCUUUGUUUUUGGCAUAGAACUGGUCAGACUUGUGGAUUCUCAUGGAUUGUCAUUGCAACUUUUGGUCCAUAUAGCCAAGUCUCUUGAUGCAAAGGCCGAACAACAUAUCUCAAAUGAGAAGAGAGCUCUUGAACACAGAGCAGCCGAUUUCUGGAACCAAGCGAGUUCACUAAUUAAAACAAUGGAAAGAGAAAACAGAUACCAGCUCACCACAUCCAGACUAUUCAAAGAGCCAGGAGACACAGAUCUUACCCAAGACAACUUUAACCAUUUGAAAUCUGAAGUUAUUUUUGCUACUUCUCUGAUUGCCAUGAAAGAAUCAGAAUACACUAAAGCCGUUAAUGGUUUUAGGCAAAUAAACAGUCCUAUAGCUAAGCUAUACAUGGCAAAGGCCUUGAGGGGACAUUGGGAGAAAAGUUUGUUUGAAACUACAGAUAGUGAAGAAAGUUUAUCAAGCAGACUGAGGUUUUUGCUAGAAGCAAGAAGUAACCUAUAUGAGCUGCUGGAAAUCAUAGAUAAAGAGGAAACAUCUCAAAUCUGUAAAUUGAAAUUACAAUAA